ACAUACCAUAAACCUGCAUGCAUGUUAUAUUUAAAGCCUAUUAGUACCAGACUCCUCCAUUAACAGCUCAAACUCAUACCUGCAAGCUCUCCCCCAAAAACAUUAUUCGUUCUAGAGAGAGAGAAUCAGUGAGAAAGAGAGAUCUAGAGAGAGAGUCACGGAGAAGAAAACACAUAAUUUUUUAGACAGACAAACAAGUAAGAGAGAUUGAGAGAGAGAAAAAUGGGGCUGCACUUGUUGGUUUCUCUGAUCAUUACACUCAUCAUUGCAUCCACCGUCAACUGCUGUGUCCCGGCCGACCGGGACGCUCUCUUCGCCUUCAAAGCCGCCGUGAACGAACCCUACUUGUCCAUCUUCGAUUCCUGGACCGGCACCGACUGUUGCACCAAUUGGUAUGGUGUCAGCUGCGACCCCACCACCGGCCGAGUCACCGACAUCACCCUCCGCGGCGAGUCCGAAGACCCCAUUCUCGAAAAGGCCGGCCGGACCGGUUUCAUGACCGGUUCGCUCUCUCCUUCAAUAUGUAAACUCGACCGUCUCACCACCCUUGUUGUCGCCGACUGGAAAGCUAUCUCCGGCCAAAUUCCGGCCUGCAUCACCUCCCUUCCGAAUCUCCGAAUUCUCGACCUCGUCGGAAACCGAUUGACCGGCGCAAUCCCCUCCGACAUUGGAAAACUGAGUAAACUUACUGUACUCAAUUUUGCCGAUAACCAAAUCUCCGGCGCACUCCCUCCCUCCAUUGUUAACCUUGCCAGCCUGAUGCAUCUUGAUCUCCGAAACAACCAUAUCUCCGGUCCAAUCCCCGACGACAUAGGCAAACUCACGAUGAUGAGCCGAGCUUUACUCAGUAAGAACCAACUCAGUGGGUCGAUCCCGGGUUCGGUCGCCAACAUUUACAGACUCGCCGAUCUGGAUCUCUCCACGAACCAGAUCUCCGGUCCGAUCCCUGCCCAACUUGGAACAAUGCCGGUUCUCUCCACAUUGUAUCUGGACAGUAACCGGAUCUCCGGCGAGAUUCCGGCGACAUUGUUGGGCAACACCGGUCUAAAUAUGGUGAACCUGAGCCGGAACAACCUCGGCGGUUCCAUACCGGACGUUUUCGGACCGAAAACGUAUUUCACGGCACUCGAUCUGUCGUUUAACGGCUUCAAAGGUGCGAUUCCGAAGUCCAUAUCGUCGGCUUGGUACAUCGGUCACCUGGAUCUGAGUCACAACCACCUCUGUGGGCCGAUUCCGUCGGGCUCGGCGUUUGAUCACCUUGAAGAGUCGUCGUUUUCCGGCAACGAUUGUCUCUGUGGAUCGCCACUGAAGACUUGUUAAGGUUUCGGGUCGGGUCGGGUAGGUGUUCGGUUCGUAAUUUAUAUAAUUUUAUUGUUGUUUGUGAUUUGUGAAUUGUUAAUUGUGUUUAAUUUGAAUUUUAGUAUGGCCGUUAAGUAACGGUUAUAUGGUUAUAGUGAUUAAUAUAAUUGCAUGCACGUGUAUCUGAGAGAUUUAGAAAGAGAAUCAAUCAGGUUGAAAAAAAGUCAUUUACUUCAUUUUCUGUACACUUUAUGAAAUAUUGGUGAAUUAUUUAUGUAUACGUUUCUCAUUAA